AUGAGCCGCAACAUAGACUUGCGGCCCUCACCUCCAGCACCUGCAGGCGAACUCCUGCUCACACUUCAAAACCCAGUUAACACGCUCUCCAUAUGGUCCAAGGAGGUCCAGAGAGCCAAGUCCGUCAGCUGUUUCAUUCAGACAGUACAGUCGCCCUUCAGCAAAGCAGGGCCGCUGCUCUCCUGGUGCCAGCAGCCUUUCUGGAGGAAUAACCUGAAGGGUCAAGCCCCUUCCCACUCGGGGGUCGCCCCCUCGGAGAGGGGGGGCGACGCAGGGAAUCCAGCCGAGAAGAAAGGAGCCCCCGGGGAGGGGGCGGACCGGCCCGCGCCCCGCCCGCCUGCCGCCCAUUGGCUCCGCGUCGCUAUAUCUGGGCGCCCGCGGGGCGUCGGGCCACAACCAGUCCCACUGUCACCGCCCGUCCGCCGUCCGCCGCCCGCCGCGCUCCGCGCUUGUCCCGCCCAGGCCGCGCCCAGCUGGAAUGCAGAGAUCGCCGACCGGCUACGCCCCGAGCCGGGGCGCUAUGGCCACAGCCCGGCUGGCCGCGGGGAGCGCCAGGCGGCCGACGAGUCGCGCAUCCGGCGGCCCAUGAACGCCUUCAUGGUGUGGGCAAAAGACGAGCGCAAGCGGCUGGCGCAGCAGAACCCAGACUUGCACAACGCGGUUCUCAGCAAGAUGCUGGGCAAGGCGUGGAAGGAGCUGAGCGCAGCGGAGAAGCGGCCCUUCGUGGAGGAGGCCGAACGGUUGCGCGUGCAGCACCUGCGCGACCAUCCCAAUUACAAGUACCGUCCGCGCCGUAAGAAGCAGGCGCGCAAGGCCCGGCGGCUGGAGCCUGGCCUCCUGCUCCCGGGCCUGGCCCAGCCGCCUGAGCCCUUCCCCGCGGCGCCUGGUCCGGCACGCGCCUUCCGCGAGCUACCCGCGCUGGGCGCCGAACUCGAAGGUCUGGGCCUGCCCACGCCCGAGCGUUCGCCGCUGGACGGUCUGGAGACCGGCGAGGCCGCCUUCUUCCCGCCGCCCCCCGAGGACUGCGCGCUGCGGCCCUUCCGCGCGCCCUAUGCUCCAGCCGAGCUGCCCCGGGACCUGGGCGGCUGCUACGGGGCGCCCCUGGCUGAGGCGCUGCGGACCGCGCCACCCCCAGCUGGCCUCUACUAUGGUGCCCUGGGAGCGCCGGGCCCGGCUCCCUACCCCGGGCCGCUGUCGCCGCCGCCCGAGGCCCCACCGCUGGAGGGCGCCGCCGAGCCGCUAGGGCCAGCCGCGGAGCUGUGGGCAGACGUGGACCUCACCGAGUUCGACCAGUACCUCAACUGCAGCCGGACUCGGCCAGAUGCCGCCGCGCUCCCGUACCACGUGGCGCUGGCCAAACUGGGCCCGCGAGCCAUGUCCUGCCCGGAGGAGAGCAGUCUGGUCUCUGCGCUGUCCGAUGCCAGCAGCGCCGUGUACUACAGCGCUUGCAUCUCGGGCUAG